ACGCACAUGCGGAGCCGGCCGGCCGGCGGCAUUGGCGGCACCGGCCAGGCGUCGCACGAGUACCGCGUCGGCCGCACGCUCGGGACGGGGACAUUUGGCAAGGUGAAGCUGGCGCAGCGGCUGGCCGACGGGCAGAUGGUUGCCAUCAAGUGCCUCAACCGGAACCGGAUCGUGUUCGCGGCGCAGGGGGAGCGGCUGGCGCGCGAGAUCCGGCUCCUCAAGCUGCUCAACCACCCGAACGUCAUCCGGCUUCACGAGGCGCUGCACACGCCCUCCCUGAGGAUCCUGAUGGUGAUGGAGUACGUGCACGGAGGCGACCUGCUCGAGGUGCUCAACACGCAGCCGCGCUUCCGCGAGGAGCAGGUGCGCGCCAUCUUCGCGCAGAUCUGCUGCGGCGUCUCCUUUUGCCACUCGCUCGGCGUCGCGCACCGCGACCUCAAGCCGGAGAACAUCCUUCUCGAGCGGGUCGGAGACGACUUUCAGAUCCGCGUCGCAGACUUUGGGCUCUCAACCAUCAUGCAGGCGGAAGGAGCGGGACUGCUCUCCACCUCGUGCGGCUCUCCGCACUACGUCGCGCCCGAGAUCCUCAACUUCGACGGCACCGCGCGCUACGACGGCCGAGAGGCGGACGUCUGGUCCCUCGGCGUCAUCCUGCACGUGCUGCUCUGCUACCGGCUCCCCUUCGAGGCGGACUCGACCACGCUGCUGUACAAGAAGAUCCGGCAGGGCCUCCCCUCGCUGCCCCCGCACGUGUCGGAGCUGGCGACGCAGCUGCUCGGCGGGAGACCUCGACGCGGGAUGCUCGAGGUGUCGCCCGAGCGGAGGUGGACGCUCGAGCAGGUGGUGCGCUCCGAGUGGCUCUCGCUCGACGUCGAGGCGCCAAAGUGGUCGCAGCUCGUCGACGCCGUCGUCGACGCGGACGCC